UGCGCGCGCACCGGGGAUGCAGAAGGAGUGGCGGUAGCGCGCGCGCGUGAACGGUGCGCGCACACGCACAAGCAGACGCACGCACACAUACACACACACCCACACAGAUACACACACUAGCCCGGACUGCUUUACCGUACACCGCUGGAUUGUAUUUUUGCAGUUUUUUGCUAUUUGUGUUUCUUUUUAUUUUUCUCCAUCAUCCAUUCAGCGCUCGUGCCAUGGUCCCGUGAGCCGUAGAUGGAAGCGAACGAGAUCCGGCUGUGAAGUGGCACCCCCGUCCCCCCCACCCCGCCGGGGCAGCGCGCGCGCGACGCAAGGCGAGACGUAGCGUUGGCCGAAGAAUCAGGGGCCCGGUGGGUCUUGGUCCCGCGAGCUGCGAAACAUGGGCACGGUGCUCUCCAUCUCCCCGACCUCCAGGAAAGGAGGGAUCGUUGAUGAAAAGGCUGCGGAGGCCGGGCGCGGCGCGAGCGGCAAGGCGGAGAAGACCCUCAAGCGCCACUCGGUGCUGAUCUCGGCCCUGACGUGGAAGCGCCUUGUCGCCGCGUCUGCUAAAAAGAAAAGCGCCAAGAAGGUGAACCCCAACCCGCCUGCGGCCCAGCUCGGGAACCCCGUGGAGCAGCUGAACACCGAGAACCUCAAAAAAUCACAAUCCGGCUCCGAGCGCAAGAAACCCGGCCCCCUUGCCGUGCCGGUCCCCACGGUUCCAGACAAGAACCUCCGAGCCGGACAAGCCCCCAAUGCCUCCCAAAGCGGAAAGCAGCUCCUCUCCGUGCAGCGGCAGCCCAGCGGCCGCGCCGUCAUCUCCCCCCGACGUGUGGUCGUGCAGGCGUCAACCGGGGAGCUCCUGCGCUGCCUGAGCGAGUUCAUGUGCCGCAGGUGCUACAAGCUUAAGGAGCUGAGCCCCAACGAGAUCAUCCUGUGGUUCCGCAACGUGGACCGCUCGCUGCUCAUUCAGGGCUGGCAGGACCAGGGUUUCAUCACCCCCGCCAACCUGGUGUUUGUCUACCUGCUGUGCCGCGAGGCCGUGACCGAGGACGUGUCCAGCGAGUACGAACUGCAGGCCACGUUCCUCACCUGCCUAUACCUGGCCUACUCCUACAUGGGCAACGAGAUCUCGUACCCGCUCAAGCCUUUCUUGGUGGAGACCAACAAGGAGGUGUUCUGGGAGCGCUCGCUCCGCAUCAUCGAGCGCAUGAGCGCCAAGAUGCUGCGCAUCAACGCCGACCCUCACUUCUUUACCGAGGUCUUCCAGGACCUCAAAAACGAGGGCGGCUCCAAGGACGCGGACGGAAAAUGGACCAACAACCUGGACCGCUAAACUCGGGGGCUCGCGUUUUUAAUUCUCUUUAAAGAGAGUGGAGAGAGAGAGAGAGGUUGAGAGGCUCUCUAUCUGUUAUCUCCAAACCCUGACCACUAUAAAGACCAACCCCCAUGUCCUACACCUCCUUCCCAGCCAAAACUCUCUUCUCCUCACGCGUUCACCAACAGGCGGGUUUAAGGCCGGACGGGCGGCGGCGUGGAACGGUUGCGCGUCACGCCGCUUUAAUUAAAGCUAAAUGAGUUAAGGACAGAGGUUCGCGCCCUUCUCGCGGGAUGGGGGCGGUUCAUGUUAUUAUAAAUAUGUGUAUAAGACCACCGCAUCGACCCCGUGAAUGUCACGAACAUAAUGGGGAUGGGGAGAUAUCUGGGGUCUGUUCAUAGUUUACUUAAUGCAUGCUUUAAGAUAUUCUCAUUGUAUCUUCAUUGUGGCUUUAAAACGAAAAAGUAAAAAAAAAAAAACAAUAGAAAAAUGAUAGAAAAAAGAAAAGAUUAACCUGCUACCUGGUGCUGGGCUAAAGUGAGAGAUGUAUAAUAUGUUUAGCUUGUGCGUCAGUGUUCCAGAUCUUUCAGUCUUUCAUUUUACGAGGUUUUGUUUUUCUUUUUUUUUCUCGCGUCCGGCGUGACGGACUGUACGCGGCCUGGACGCGGAGCUGUCUAAGGUGCUGGCCUCCAACACACACUGCUUACUGGUCUCCACUGGUCUCCUGUGGCGCCUGAUGCUCUAUAUUUGAACGUUGAAUGUACUAUUUUCCAACGAAGCGAAUUCUCUACCGUCAGAAAUGUGCCAAUUGUUAUAGUAUAAAACGUAAUGUUUUAUAUUGUAUAUUUGAACAAAAAUAUAUGAAUAGAAAUGUU